AUGUACGUCUCAAUCUUUUAUUGCGUUACUGCCGACACUGGACUCAUUGGAGAUAAAAAAAAAGUCAGAAUAAAAAUUAAAAUGCCUCUUACAGCACUUUCGUACGUCAAACGUGGUUAUAACAAUCGCGUCUAUUUUGCCGAAUGUGCUGAUGGGUCUGAGUAUGUGAUCCGAAUUGGCGGUAGAUUCUGGGACUAUAGAAAGAUCUCUGAACAAGAAUGGUGUGCGGGAUUUGAAUGGCUAUUUGCGCGUGCAAUAGACCCAUUUGAUGAAACAGAGCAGCAGAAGCUUAGUGAUAUGACAGAGGGCCAGAAGGAGUUGCUAGAGUACUUCCUUUGGAUCUUGAAGACUAAGCAUGGUAUAUUGCAAUAUGGGAUAGGCUAUCAAGAGUUUAAGGUGGCGCUUUACUACUUACAGACCAUCAUUGCGUCAUGGUGGCUUCGUGACCCUGCAAGGGAAGAAUGGACUGAGAGGCAGCUGCUAAGCAUGAAGACAGCCACUGAUUCACUGGAUAAAGCAUUGAGAUAUUUUGGCUGCUGAAUUGGUGGUAUCUUUAGAAACUCUGUCCUCGAAUGUUCUCCGAGCAGAAAAUGAUGGGUGGCAAAUGAUCAAGGCC